CCUCUCGACAGGGUGAGGUGACGGGUGUUCAGCUGCAACAUGACACUUCACCGCUAGAUGUCACUGGAUCCCGCACACUGAACCUUUAAAGGCCUUAUUUCCCACAGGUCCUGAAGGCAGCAGCAGAUGCAGGAGGAGGGCGUUCCUCUGAAGAGAAGCGGAUCUCACAUCUGGACCGGUUCCGAUCCUCACACCGACCCGCUCCGGAUCAUUUCCCUCUUGGACCGGGCCUGUGCUGGGUGUCYGACCCGCCUGCUGCUCACCAGAGCCGGGGACGGGAGGCCGCGGGAGGCCGGGGGGGCUCAGGCUGAGGACAUGGAGGCUGUGACCGAGCUGUAGGACGGAGCCUCGCUGUUCCUCCUCCGAAUGGACCCUGCCCAUGUCGGAGGGGAUAUGUCACCUCUGUAUGUGCCAAGAAAAAGAAAGUCAGCCCAGUCACACCUUAAAAGUGGAUCUCUAUGUCCAGUUGUUCAGCGAAUGCCAGAACGAGACUGUGAAUCAGAUGCAGUUGGAUGCACUAAGAAUGACGAGUCUCAAGCCCACGGCUCUCUGAAGAUGAAACGGACGUACGGUAGAAAAAGGUACGAGGACCUCCAGAGUGUUUCCAUGGGAACAGUAGAUUACCCAACCCCCAGCUGCUCAGUGAUGUCAUCAGGUUCAGAAACCAGCGGUGAAGCCUCGACGGCUCCGUCCAGUGAGGAUCACAAACCUCCAGCUGUCUCCUCUAAGAAGGAGCCUCCUACCUACGCUCCAGGAAGUCAAGAGGAGCGCUGGCAGCUCCAGAUCGUGGCCAAAGGCAGAGUCACCUGUCCCAAAUGUAAGAGUGUGAGCAGGAAGACGGUGGAGGGGCUGAAGAAGCACAUGGAGAACUGCAGACUGCAACCAUUCACCUGUCAACACUGUGGGAAACAGCUGAAGUCUUCCACAGGGAUGAAGUAUCACAUCAUGGCCGACCACAGCCACCUGCCUUCAGCAGAAGAAGCCAAGGACCUGGACGAUCGGGCCAUAAAAGACAAACUGCGUAAAAUCCUGAAGAGACUGGGCAAAUUAAAAUGCUCCAAAGAGGGCUGUACUGCUGCUUUCACCAGUAUCAUGGGCUACGUCUACCACAUGAAGAAGUGUGGGAAGGAGGAGUCCGAGCUGGAGAAGCUGUUGCUGAACUGUUCUCACUGUGGGAAAACAUACAAAUCCAAGGCUGGUCUGGAAUACCACCUUAAAUCAGAGCACACUCCAACGCCCGAAAAGACUGAGGAAGACGAGGCUCUGAAGGCCCAGAGGGAGGCCAACCCGGAGAGGACGCCGAGCGGCCGGGUGCAGCGUGCCUCGGCACAGGUGGCCAACUUCCACUUGGCUGAAAUCGCCAACAACGACUUGCCCAAAGACUGGCCCAAGAGGAAGUUUCAGUCCGACCUGGUGCCCGACGACAAAAAGUUAAAAUACGCUCGACCAGGCCUCCCUGCCUUCAGCCAGGAGGUGCUGAGGAAGUGGAAGAACGAGGUGAAGCUGCAGAGGAAAGUCCACUGUCCCAACCAGGGUUGUGGCUGCACCUACACCAGUGUGUCUGGGCUGAAGGCUCAUCUGGGCCUCUGCACCAGGGGCGAUUUCGAAGCUGGAAAAUACAGAUGUCUUAUCUGCAAUAAAGAGUUUAACUCUGAGAGUGGAGUGAAAUAUCACAUCAACUCUGUGCAUUCACAGGACUGGUUUGUGACGAACAAGAAGGCUUCCAAAACGUUUGAGAAGUUCCUGAAAAACCAGCACAAGGAGUUAAUCCAUAACGUGGACAAGCAGAUUGUGGAUCAGUAUCACCAACACCACCUCCAGCAUCACCCGCACCUCCACUGCCCCCAUCACCAUCAUCACCAUCACCAUCAGCAGCAGCAGCAGCAGCAGCAGCAUCAUCAUCUCCAGCUCCAGCCCAUGCAGCACCCUCUGCAGCCGCUGCAUCACCUCCAGCACCAAACCCAGCUCCUCCAUCCAGAGCACCAGAACCUCCCUCCGCAGGCGGACGCCCAGCUCCAGCAGCCGAUCCUGCAGUACACCCCUCUGGAGCCUCCUGCGGAACCGCUGUGGGUGGACAUGGACCGGAGUGGAGCGGUGCACGGGUCGGAGCAGGCCCCGCUCCAGAUGGAGCUGGCUGACGGUGACAAACCUGGAGAGGACAGCAGGGAGAUGGUGGAGGGUAGAGAGGGAGGAGGGGAGAGGAGGAAGGCUGACGGGAAGCGGAAGGAUUGCUUUGCGUUCGGCGGAGGUGGAGGCAGUGGCGUCAGCAGCUCAUCCAAUGAAACGGAGGUGGAGCGGCAGGACAGGCAAAGACAGGUGGAGCAGUGGAACCUGAAAGGACUGGGCGCCAUGGAGCCGCACCCUGAGGCCGGGAAGCAGCAACGGAGCACUUAAACACGUCCAGGAAACAACACUUCUGUCGUCAAACACUAUCGUGCACCGGAGCUGGUUCUAACAGAGGUAGGGAAAGACACCAUCUGAAAGUGUCCAUUAAACAACAACGGGUUUCCUCAAGACAAACAGGUGAGAAGGCAGCUAAUGACAGAGCUGCUCUCCUGAGGUUUUCGAGCUUUUCGGUGAUGAUUGGAAGGAAACGUCAAGGUGUCAACGUGGGUGGAGACUUUGUGCUUCUCUGUAUGGAAAUGUUCGUUGGUGUAAAGCUCAGAGAAAUCCUAGCUCUACCGUUUAUCUGUGUUUAUAUGUAACAGAUUCUUAAACGUGUCUUAUACUUUUAAAAGGUUUUGAUAAACACUCUUUGUCUUUUACGUUUACCUGAAAGGGAAGAAGUUGCUCUGACUUGAAGAGAGGAUGCUUCAGUAUUUUUGUUAAACUGGUCCAGUCGUUCUCUCUCUGAAAACAUUUGUGCCUCUUGAAUAUGAUCUUUAUAAUUUCGCACGACUCAUCAUCACCUCGUUUAAUCUGAUCCGAGGAUCAGUUCUACCUUCCGUCCUCAUUCCAUGGGAUUAAGUUUGGAUUGGAGUUUUGACGGAUCAAGACGAGCCGUUUUACCGUUUCCAAUUUUUAUGCUAAGUGAAGCUGAUCGCCCCCUGAAUCUGGCUCAAUGCACAAAUGACUGGGAUAAAUAUCCUCAUCAAAAUCACGGAGAGAAAUGAAAUGGCUUUAUCUGUCAGACUAGAAUGGCAGCCAAAGAAAGGGAAAGAAAUCCUGAACCUGCCCCCUGAUGCAGAAAAGAACCAAAAUGUUAUGGCUUCUUCCUCCACACAUUCGCAUCCUCCCAGUCCCGUAGUUUAUCGUUAUCCUGACUAACAAACGCAGAUGGAAACACAACUUCCUUCAUGGUUUCCAUCAAGAGGGCUUCUUUCUAAAUGUCUUGUUUGACCAACAAAACAAGUUUUUAAAUUUUGUAUAAUAUCGAUAAAGAAAAUCAUUAAAUCUGAUGUAUUUGAUCUAAUCGUGAAGCUGAAGCUAGAAAACUUCAGACUUUGUUAAUCAAUAAUCAAAAUAAUCGCCCUCCUGCGAUGGAUCAAAUGAAUUUAUCUUAUUUGUUUUGGUUAGGGAUUAACUUUAACUUUUCAUUUUGUAAGCCGUUAAACAUUCCAUGUGUUGUUCACCAACAAAGACUCAUUGAUCUUGUCACAGUGAAGGUACGACAGUUUAAUAUGAAGGAUUUAAGGAUUUAAUAUGGAGCGUGGAAUAUUUAACCGAUAGCAUGUAGCCUAAUGUUUAUAUACUCUAUCUGCAGUCGUGGCGUGUGCUUAUGGAUGGUUGUCAUUUGUUUGACUCUAUUUAUUUUUUUCUUUUCACAUUUUGUUUCAUUUAUGUUUUUGAUUCUUCGUUUCUCUCCUGUUCUGCACCUCAGUUUCCUUUAACUACAAUAAUGACUCUACCCUUUAAUCUGUGAAUCUGUCUUCAACAAACUGUGUUCAUGUAUUUUACUGUUUCUCUUUCUGUUGAAAGUGUUCGACCCUUCAUCGCUCCAUCAGAUGCCUUUAGAAAGAUCAGCCUGUGUCGUUUAAAGUGGAAAAACCUCCUGUGGUUCAUGGGAAGUAUUUCAGGAAGCAGGAGUUGUUAUGUUAUGAAGUGGUGGAAAACACAUUCAUUCUUGCUCAGUGAUUUCCAUUAUUUUACAUCAAGCCCAAUAACAAGUCAAGUAAUGUUUUUCUUCAGGCUUUGUUACUUAAAGUUUUUGUGGUAAUCCGUCCAGCAUCCCUAACAGAGCUCAGAACAGAACAGCAGUUCACUUAAAUUCAAGCUGCAAGAAAUCACACACACUCAUAGAGGUCAGUUCUCUAAAUGUGCCUGAUAUUUUUCGUCAAGAUACAUAAUUUAUUCUCUGGGAAAAUUCUCAAGAAAGUCAUAGAAAUUCCUGGAUCCUCACCAGAACUCAAUAGUUUCUCCCCAUUUGGUUGUCCUGGUUUUCUUACAAACAAACAAACCCAUGAGCAAACUAAAGGUCAGAGGUGAACACGUAACCUCCUUGGUGGGAGGAGGAACAUCUGACAACACCUGUGACCUCCUGGUUCCCUCUGAUCCUGAGUGUGACCACUGACUCACUGUGUUCUCUCCUGUUGAAAUGCGUCCCAUGUCCUUUAUGCUUGAGACCAAAUCUUUAUCACCAUGCUUGCACUUUGCUCUGUUUGAUAGCACAAAGAAAAGCUUGACGUGAAGAGAGAGCAGGUUUAUUUCACAGAGCACCUUGGAUCCCUGACCUCAUUUUCUUUUACGUGAAAUUAUACUUUGAGAUCUGACAUUUAAUGACUGAAAUGUCUUAUUUCAUCGGAUUAACUAAGGCUCAGACACGUUAGUUAUGAUAGAACUACUGAGACUUUUACAUUUCGUAGUACUUUGCAUAGUACAGCAGCAGCUUCUGUUUUUAUUGAGGCUGGAGCACAGUUCUAUAAUCUAAAUAAAGUAAAAACUAGAUUGUCACUCAGUAGAGUUCAUACUUCCUUCAAGGCCCAACUGUUCCUUUAUGAAACCACAUUUAGCGGGAAAUUCACGAGAUCCAGACUCAUUGAUUUGGUCUUGACCUCCUGAACUAACGUCUUUUGAAAAAGAUGGCCGUCAUAGAUGUGAUGUUGGAGCAGAAGUUGUGUUUUUAAACCACUGACAGUGAAGAAGCUCUGUGCAUCACAUGAAUACUGAAAUGAAUGAAACACUGUCGUCAUGUCUUAGUGCCUCAUCACCAACAUCCAUACAGAUAAUACAUAUAUAUUGUCUAGACCAGAUUUAAUUAAGAUUCAGUAAUAGAAAGCACUC